GUGGAUUUGCAGCUGCUCCCCGCGGCAGUGGGGCGGGGUCCAGGGUCCAAGCCUGAGUACCCUGCAAAGGUUCAGGUUCCUGUUGGCCCAGUACCAUGCCGAACCAGGUUGGAACAUCUUUUUAUGUCUCAACGUCUCCGCUUCACACAGGGAAAUGGAGUACCAGAGAGGUUAAGUGCAUUGCCUGAGGUCAUACGAAAGUUCCAAGACACACCACCAGCAGUGAAUGGUGGCAGAUAUGCCUCUGUGUGGGUGGAGAACCAUGUCAGAAGACAGCAAGGCAGAUGGCGCGGAAGCUCAGCCCCUGGCACCCACGGAAAGCUUGAUGGUGCUGCUGCACUGGGCUGGGCCAGAGGGCGGGGAGCCCUGGGUCACCAUCAGCCAGACGCCCCUGACUGCCGAGGACAUCUGUAUCCAGAUUGCACACAAAGUCGGCAUCACUCCACCCUGCUUGAAUCUCUUUGCCCUCUAUGAUGCACAGGCCAAGGUUUGGCUGCCCCCAAACCACAUCCUAGACACAUCCCGAGAUGUGAGCCUAAAGCUGUAUUUCCGAAUGAGGUUUUACUUCCGGAACUGGCACGGCAUGAGUCCCCAAGAGCCAGCUGUGUACCGAUGUGGUUCCCCGGGGUCAGAGCAGGGUGUGCAGCUCUUGGACUCUGCCUCAUUUGAAUACCUCUUUGAGCAGGGAAAACAUGAGUUCAUGAAUGAUGUGGUGUCUCUGCGGGACCUGUCUAGUGAGGAGGAGAUCCAUCACUUUAAGAACGAGAGCUUGGGCAUGGCCUUUCUGCACCUCUGCCACCUUGCUCUCUGCCGCGGUGUCCCCCUGGAGGAGAUGGCCAGAGAGAUCAGCUUUAAGAACUGCAUCCCUCGUUCCUUCCGCCAGCACAUCCAUCAGCACAAUGCGCUCACGCGCCUGCGUCUACGCAGAGUCUUCCGACGAUUCCUGAGGGCCUUUCGGCCUGGCCACCUCUCCCAGCAGGUUGUGAUGGUUAAGUACUUGGCCACCCUGGAGCGCCUAGCUCCUCGAUUUGGCUCGGAGCACAUACCGGUGUGUCAUCUGGAGGUGCUGGACCAGCCUGAGAGAGACCCCUGCUACAUCCAGAACAGUGGGCAGACUACUGGGGACCCAGGCCCAGAGCUGGCCACCAGGCUUCCCACCCACGAGGUACUAGUGACAGGCACUAGAGGUAUCCAGUGGCGUCCACUGCAGACCCAGGAAUCUGCGAGAGGUAACAGCAGAGGGAAUCCCCAAGGCAACCGAUCUGGGAAGAAAGCCAAGGCCCCCGAGGUUGCGGCGCGGCUGGCAAAGAGUCCCGGGGAGCCAUCCUGGACCUACUUCUGUGACUUCCAGGACAUCUCCCACGUGGUGCUACAGGACUGGCGCGUGCGCAUCCACCUUCAGGACAACAAGUGCUUGUUGCUGUGCCUCCGUUCCCGGGCUGAAGCCCUGUCCUUUGUGGCCCUGGUGGAUGGCUAUUUCCGCUUGACCGCCGACUCCAGCCACUACCUGUGCCAUGAGGUGGCACCCCCGCGGCUGUUGACGAGCAUCCAGAACGGCAUCCAUGGGCCGCUGAUGGAUCCAUUUGUGCAAGCCAAGCUGUGGCCGGAGGAUGGCCUCUACCUGAUCCAGUGGAGCACCAGCCACCUCCACCGCCUGAUCCUCACUGUGGCCCAUCGAGACUCAGCUCCCAACAGCGGCCCCAAGGGCUUGCGCCUCCGAAAGUUCCCCAUCACCCAGCAACCUGGAGCCUUUGUGCUAGAUGGCUGGGGUCGCUCCUUCGAUAGCGUGGGGGACCUUCGGGUCGCCUUGCAGGGCUGCUCGCUGCGGGCCGGUGACGACUGCUUCCCUUUGCACCACUGUUGCCUGCCCCGGCCAGGAGAAAUCUCUAACCUCUUGGUCAUGCGGGGGUCUAGUGCCCACACCCGGCCUCUCAACCUCAGCCAGCUCAGCUUCCACAGAGUUCACCAGGAUGAAAUCACGCAGCUGUCCCACUUGGGUCAAGGCACGAGGACCAAUGUUUACGAGGGCCUUCUAAGAGUGGGAGGCCCUGACGAAGGCAAAACCGACAGUGGAUGUCCUCCUGAGCCUGGCGGGGGCAGUGGGCAGCAGCUCCGAGUGGUGCUUAAAGUCCUGGACCCCAGUCACCAUGACAUCGCCUUGGCCUUCUAUGAAACAGCCAGCCUCAUGAGCCAGGUUUCACACAUGCACCUGGCUUUCCUGCAUGGUGUCUGCGUGCGUGGCUCAGAGAAUAUCAUUGUGACAGAGUUCGUAGAACACGGUCCCCUGGAUGUGUGGUUACGGCGAAACAGGGGCCGAGUGCCUAUGACCUGGAAGAUGAUUGUGGCUCAGCAGCUGGCCAGUGCCCUCAGCUACCUGGAGGAUAAGAAUCUGGUUCACGGGAACGUAUGUGGCCGGAACGUCCUGCUGGCACGGCUGGGGCUAGAGGAGGGUACCAGCCCCUUCAUCAAGUUAAGUGAUCCUGGCGUGGGCCAAGGUGCCCUCUCCAGGGAGGAGCGGGUGGAACGCAUCCCCUGGACAGCUCCUGAGUGCCUGUCUGGAGAGGCCAGUAGCUUGGGUACUGCCACAGACAUGUGGGGUUUUGGUGCCACCCUUCUUGAGAUCUGCUUUGACGGUGAUGCACCCCUGCAGGGUCGUCACCCCUCCGAGAAAGAACGAUUCUACACAAAGCAGCACCAGCUGCCCGAGCCCUCAUGCCCGGAGCUGGCCACACUCACCCGCCAGUGCCUGACCUACGAACCAGCACAGCGGCCAUCAUUCCGCACCAUUCUGCGGGACCUCACCAGGCUGCAGCCACAGAAUCUAGUGGGUAUCUCGGCUGUGAACUCAGACUCAGCAGCGUCAGACCCCACAGUUUUCCACAAACGUUAUUUGAAAAAGAUCCGGGAUUUGGGCGAGGGUCACUUUGGCAAGGUCAGCCUGUACUGCUAUGAUCCAACCAACGAUGGCACUGGCGAGAUGGUGGCUGUGAAAGCCCUGAAGGAGGGAUGUGGUCCCCAGCUCCGCUCAGGCUGGCAGCGGGAGAUCGAAAUCCUGCGGACCCUGUACCACGAGCAUAUUGUCAAGUACAAAGGCUGCUGUGAGGACCAAGGAGAGAAGUCUGUACAGCUGGUCAUGGAAUACGUCCCCCUGGGCAGCCUUCGGGACUACCUGCCACGGCACAGCGUUGGGCUGGCUCAGCUCCUGUUGUUUGCCCAGCAGAUCUGCGAGGGCAUGGCCUACCUGCACGGGCAACACUACAUUCACCGAGACCUAGCCGCGCGCAACGUGCUUCUGGACAAUGACAGGCUGGUCAAGAUCGGAGACUUCGGCUUAGCCAAGGCAGUGCCUGAAGGCCACGAGUACUACCGCGUUCGCGAGGACGGGGACAGCCCGGUGUUCUGGUAUGCCCCGGAAUGUCUGAAGGAGUGUAAAUUUUACUAUGCGUCAGAUGUCUGGUCCUUCGGGGUGACCCUGUACGAGCUGUUGACCUACUGUGACUCUAGGCAGAGCCCCCCCACGAAAUUCAUGGAGCUCAUCGGCGUCACCCAGGGCCAGAUGACCGUGCUGAGGCUCACAGAGCUGCUGGAACGAGGAGAGCGGCUGCCUCGUCCUGACAGGUGUCCGUGUGAGAUCUAUCUCCUCAUGAAGAACUGCUGGGAGGCGGAGGCCUCCUUCCGGCCCACGUUCCAGAACCUUGUGCCUAUCCUCAAGACAGCCCAGGAGAAGUAUCAAGGCCAGGUGCCUUCAGUGUUCAGCGUGUGCUGAUGGUCAAGGGUGUCGGGAUAGAUGGGCCCCACGGAGAAGCCUCCACACGCUCUACACCUCACUCUUGCCCAGAAACCCCUUUUCCUUCCUUGACCUCGAACCUGAACGGACCCUGGAUGUGCAAAAGGGCCAAGUGGAUCCUCGAGUCUUUCAUUUGGGUCUGUCCAUUGUUUCACAGUGGAGACCCAUCAUCUUUACCAGCUGGGAGGAAACUAUUUGCUUUGCUGGACACCUGAGGGCUUUGGGGUCCAUAUUCAGCAAGGUGGCAUGGCUGGUAUACAGAUAGAAUGAGACUUCAGAAGAAGCUGGACACUUCUGAUCACCCCUCAACCACCAAUCAAGCUGGGGUGUGUGGCAAAGCCCGUGCUUAGCAGCGGGGAAGACCUGGGUUCCUUCCCUAGCGACUAAGCCACUAGCUAGAUCAGUUCCCGAUAUACAGAAGGCACCCCAUAACUGCUUGCUGGAGGCUGGGGAGAUUACUCAGUCAGUGAAGCGCUUACAGAAGUGCUUGCUUUGCAAGCAUGAGGAUGUGAAUUCAAUUCCCAGCUUGUCCCAGUACUGGGGAGGAAGAGACAGAAACUCCCUGGGGCUCACUGGCCAGCAGCUUAGUCCAUUCAGUGACACUCAGCCAAUGAGAGUCCCUGCCUCCAAACAACAUGGUGUGACAGUGCCUCAGGAAGAGUACCCAGAGUUGUCCUCUGACCUUUGCACAAACACAUGGCCACACACCUGCAUAUGCACUUGCCUACACACUCACAGGAGGUCCUGUGUGACCUCAGGAAAAUGUCUUGAUCUCUGGGCCUCAUGUCUCAACUAUGGGGAUGGUCAGCCUUUCUACCUCAUAGGACUGAUAAAGAGCACUGAUGGUUGUGCUUAAAUUGCUUAGGAGAGAAACACAGAUAAGUGUUUAAUAAAUGUUUAUUACUA